AGAAGACCUAGUGGUGUCUGCUAAAAAUGGCUAAAACGCCUGACGUUUCCAGCUUUGGAUCAAUGGAUUCCCUUCCAGAGUUGAGGAUGGUGUUAAUAGGAGGAGAAGAGGAGAGCAAAAGUUCCAAUGUUAAAAGUUCAACUGGAAACUUCAUUUUGGGCCAGGAUGUUUUUGACAUGACCAGAAGAACAGCUCAGAGUGAAGCAAGGCAGACGGAAAUACUCGGUAGACGAGUUACAGUGGUUGAUACACCUGGCUGGCUGUGGUCUCAUAUGCGAGAAGACACCCCAAAACUGGAUCAAAUAGAAAUCCAGAACAGUGUCCAUCUGUGUCCCCCAGGACCGCAUGUCUUCCUUCUGGUCAUUCAUGUUGAAUCAAAUUUAUGCCAGCAUGUACAGCAAUCACUUCUGGAGCACCUGGAACUUUUCAGUUGUGAUGUUUUCCCUCACACUAUUGUGAUUUUCACCACAGAUACUUCGGAGAGUGAUGAAAAGAUAGAAUCCAAAAUCCAAAGAACUCCAGCCUUGCAGUGGAUCCUUCAACAAUGUGGAAACAGAAAGCAUGUUCUUAAUAUCUGUAACAGAGAAGAUAGAGAUCAAGUCAGGCUCCUUUUUGAGAAAAUUGAUACAAUGGUGGCAGCCAACGGAGGAAGACACUUUUCUGCUUCUAAUGUUAAAGAUUUGAAAGAAGAGAUUUUGGCUAUUAGAGAAAGAGCAUCAAAAAGGGCUAAGGAAGUGGUGGAACAAAGAAAAAAAGCUAAAGCAUUGCUUGAAGGUGGAAAAAAGCCACCGGAGCAUUUAAAGCUGCUGUUAAUCGGUGCACAGGGGACAGCAAAAAGUUCAGCUGUUAAUACCAUUCUGGGAGGAAAAGUAUUCAGUGCAAAGUAUAAUGUAGAUGGCAGAACUACACACAGUAAGACAUGCAAACGUCUGGUUAAUGGACGGGAACUCACAGUGGUAGAUUCUCCUGGAUGGUUCUACAUCCAUACCCUUCAGGAAACCAGUAAGAUAGAUAAACUGGAAAUUGAAAGGAGUGUGUAUCUCUGUGCUCCAGGACCACAUGCUGUGCUGCUGGUUAUUCCUCUAACAGCAGCAAUCCAUACAUCAUAUCUGACAGCUGUCCAGGAACACAUGACUCUGUUUAGAGAAGACAUCUGGAAACACACACUAGUUCUGUUUACUGUGGGUGACUGGUUAGGGGGGAAGACUGUGGAGGAGCGAAUAGAGAGUGAGGAAGGUCUGCAGUGGAUAAUGAACAGCUGUGGGAACAGGUAUCAUGUCCUGAAUAACAUGGAUGAAAGUAAUAGGAUUCAGGUAAAGGAGCUCAUUGAGAAGAUUGAAGAGAUGUGGGCAGGAAAUGAAGAUCCUUGUUAUGAAGUGGACCUGAACCGAGCAGAACAGAUUGAAGCUAAAAAAGAGGCUGGAGACAAUAUGGCCAUUGGGCUGAAGAAGAUUAACGAGAGAAAGUCAAGAGUCCUGAAAGAGCUGAUAGGAGGUCAGCCACAGCCACUCUCUGGCAUCAGAAUUGUUCUUCUUGGCCAGAAGUGCUCAGGAAAGGGAAUGGCAGGAGAUAUGAUCCUUUUUAAAAGGUUAUUUGGAACAGCUUUUAAUACAGCUCAGUCGAAAAGGAACCUCCCCCAUGCAACAUGUAUGAAACACGAGGGAGACUUUAAUGGAGUAAAAGUCUUAGUUGUAGAAACACCAGGCUGGUUCUCGGACUCAUCACCACCUGACUGGAUCAAAGAGGAAGUUCUCCAAGGUGUCUCCAUGUGCUCUCCUGGACCUCAUGUUUUUCUCCUGGUUGUUCCAAUCUUCAGAUCUUUCACAGAGAAAGAUCUCAAAGCUAUGGUGGAGGUCUUAAAGCCAUUAUCAGAGAGAGUGUGGAGACACUGCAUGGUGCUGUUUACCUGGGGAGACUGGCUCAGUGACUUCCCUGUAGAGAACUACAUCGUCAGAGAGGGAAAGGUCCUCCAAGAACUUCUGGAGAAAUGUGGGAACAGAUACCAUGUAAGAAAUCCCAAUCGUUCUGAUAAUGCUGCUCAAGUCACUGAGCUGUUCCAAAAAAUUAUUGACUUGGUAAAACAAAACAAAGGGUUCUUCACAACUAAACUCAAACAAAACAGAAAACGCCCUUGGACAUAUAAACAACAGCAAUUCAUAGAGGAGGAGUGGAAUAAGAGGGAGGAGGAGCUAAUUGGGAAAGUGAUGAAAGCUUUAUCAAAUGAACCAGAGAAAUCAACGGUGUCCUCGGCAGCACAUAGCAUGGAUGAGUUUCUCAUUCCAUACUUGAGUGCAGAUGAACCCUCAGAACAACAAGCCCGUGUUGCUGAAUGGCUGACUAAAAAAGUGAGGAAGAGGGAGGUCAGCUCUGGGAUCGGCAGCAUUGGUUCCUCAAUGGUUUCUAUAGAAAACCUUGAUGAAAGUUCUCCAGUUGAUGAAAAUCCUCCAAAAAUGAGUUCCCUCCCACAAGAGAAUAAAGACGAUGCUUUGAAAACGCCCCCAACUCCUUCAGUGAUUAAACGCAGGAACUCUUAUUAGGCCAAAGAACUACAGAAGAAAGUUUAUUUAAUAAUUAUUCUCUUUAGAAACAAGUAUCUUUAUCUUUACCAGAUGUAAUACAAUAUACUGAAAAAAGAAAACAUUAAUUGCAGAAGAAAACAUUUAAACAGCUCUUCAGAGGAACUGGACGAGGUUUCUGGAAGGGUACAGACUGCUGUCCCCUGUGAUCCAGUCCUGCAU